GGAUUCAAUAUGAGACUCUUAACUUGUUUUAUAAUGAUUUAUUAAGUGGACUAAGGUCGAUACUUGAUAUUUGUGAACAUAAGAAUCAUAAGCUUAGUUUAGUUAACGUUAAGAAAAUUUUAAUUGGAUUGUUCAAUAAUAACAGUACGGACUUGAUGACUCCUGUCACAGAAUAUGUGUUAAAGCUUCAAAAUAUUUUAUCACCAUAUAUUCAACACUUUCAAAUCCUUAAUAUUAAUUCGGUCAAACCUAAAUUAUCUAGAAAUUUAAUUAACUUUAUUCAAUCUCAGAAUCAGUUAAAGUCAUUAUUAUUAUCCCAUGAAUUUUGGAAAGAUGAAUUUAAACCCUUUCUUAAUGGAUGUUUCACAAAAAUUAUGAUGAUUACUUUGGAUAGUUUAGAACAUUUAAGUUAUAAUUGUUCUAUCUCUCAUAAUACAGAUUCCAUUAUACUCUUUAAACAGAUCCUUUUAUCGACGAAAAACUUGAAAUCACUUAAAGUUGAAGAAACUUAUUGUCCUUAUAUUAAGGAAAUUCAAGGGUUAUAUUUUUUGAAUUUAACUCAUUUUCAUUUAGUUCUGAUAAUGCAUUCAAUUUCAUUAGAGGAUUUAUUGGAAUUAUUAAGAAAUAUGCAUCAAUUAGUUCAUUUGAAAUUAAAUACUGAUAUAAUUUGUAAUAAUACCUUGAAUUACAUUGAACUUUUUAACAGUUUCUCUAAAGUACUCAUCUGUUCUCUCAAAAUCUUUGAAUUGAACUUUCCUGUCUCUGAUAAAUUCUUGGAAAAGUUACUUGAUGAAUCUCAAUUUAAACUUGAAUGUCUCAAGUUGUAUCGUUUGGAAAGUUAUCUGAUUAUUUCAUUAAAUGUUUUAAUCAAUUAUGCAAAAAAGAAAGAUAGUUUUAAAGAACUUGGUAUUAUAAAAGAAUUUAAAUUUUUAAAGGAGCGUGUUGUAGAGUUAAAAUCACUGUACUCACGGAUGGUGAAAUCUAUAGUCUAUUUUAUGAUUUACCAAUUCAAAAUUCCUACUGGAGCAAUAGAAGAUAGAUAA